AUGAGGACGCGCAAGUCAAACCGCACAAAGAGCUUCGCCGUCGAAAAAUACGACUUCGACGGAAGCUCCGAAGAAGACAUCGUCCAUAAGCGCGACAAGAAAGCCGACGCUGAUGACGACAAUUUUGAGGCCGCUGCAGCAGCGGCUGCUGAAGAGAGCGCUGCCGAAGAUGACAUCGCCUUCGAGCGUGAGGCCAUGGAGUCGGACGCUUCAGUGAGCGAUCCCGAGGGCAUUCCCGACAGAUUCUCCCGCCAGCGCAUCAAGCUCAUCCGACCCUUCAAUGUCCGCGCCGUCGGCGUCACCGGCUAUCUCGAUGUCGAGCCCGUCGCAGCCGACGGGCGCAUCGUGAGGGCGUACUGCGGGCCGUACGACCGCGGCCUUCGAGGGCAUCCGCUCGUAGAGAUGUGGUACGGGCGACAUCAUGGAGGGAUCAAGAUGGCGCAUGGUAUGCUGGACCGGUGGAUGGACUGGUCUGUGUUGCCGCCCCGGUCGAAGCUGGAUGAGCCCGCGGAGAGGGACAGAGGCGUCUGGUCACCAACCUUUUUCGAGAGGGAGGCUUACAAUGCUGAGCAUUGGUACGAGCGAGUAAGAGACAGCAUGCCGCAGGACGAAUCUUUUCUGGGAUUGUCGGAGGAGGAAGCUCAGCCCUACCGAUUCCAGCGAGGAGCGAUGCCAGUGUUGAUGGGACCACACGACUCUCAGCUGGAAAUCAUGUUUGAAGCUGGUGACGCAUACACCCUCUCGCUGUCCGGAUUACCAUUCGAUCAAGACGAGUCCGACGCCAAGACCGUCGCAGGGUGGAUGUUCGACGCUGGAGGCAUCAUCACCAGCAUGGACUGGGCACCUCGACAAACCCGCAACGCCCCUCAGCUCUUGGCCAUGUGCGUCAUCCCACAUUCCGACCAAGAGCACUACGAUUUCGAAAAGGAGUCUGUGAAGCCCGACUUCCAGAAGCACGGCGUCGUUCAGCUGUGGGAGUUUGAGGGAGCGCGGGGGGAGGACGGGUUCGUGCGGCCGUCUUCCAAGCGGCCAAGGCUUCAAAAGACGAUAUGUCUCGAGCAUGGCCGAGCGCGGAGGGUGAAAUGGAGUCCUGCGUGUGGGCUCCUGGCAGUCAUCUGCGGAGAUGGGAAUGUCUAUGUCAUCGAGGCGGACCAACUACAGCAACCAGUUGCCACAUUUGGACUGUUAGAGGAAGAGAACAUUGAGCCAACCGCCCUCACAUGGAUCAACUUCAACCGUCUUGUAGUAGGCUACUCGGACGGCUCUAUCGCUCUCUGGUCAAUCCGUCCUAGUCUUCUCCUCUCGCGACACCCUGUCCAUCACAACAUUGUCCUUGACCUCGUCUCAGGUUAUCCAUCCAUGCCGUACAUCAUCGCCUCUUACCCCGUCGGAGGAACCGUGAGGCUCAUCGACCUGCGAGCUCCAAGCGUCGAAUCAACCGAGGUCCAGGCCCUCACUGUCGCAUCGCAACCCAACCUUCUUGGGUACAGCGAUCACCUCCUUGGCUUCUUCUCCACAUAUCCCUCUGCCGGCGUGCUCAACACACAGAUUGGGUUCAUGUACCACGCCCAAUUCCCAAUCGCCCGCCGCGUCUUCACCGGGCAAAGCUUCCCCUCCUGUUUGUCUGUUGGGCGCACUCAUCCGUAUCUACUCAUAGGCUCAGUAGACGGCUCUCUAUGGGCGCUGAACCCACAGGUCGAGAUUUUCACCACCAGGCGCGAGCCCUCGGACCGCAUCAGGGUUUUCCAGCACGAACACCGACCAGCAAAGUUCUUCCCGGAAGAUUCGCCGGCCGGAGCACGAGGCGUGUCGCGAGUGCUGCAGGGCUUUAUUCUAGAACGGAACGUCAACCCAAAGACAGACUUCAAGCCUCCAGUCAAGAAGGGCAAAAAGGUGAAAAAGAAGGACGCCGAAGCUGUCCGCGCUGAUGACGAAGAGGAUGGGGCCGGUCCAUCAGAUCCCACCCGAGCGGUUGUCUAUGAGCCGUCGACGAGAAUUACGGCAGUGGAAUGGAACCCGAACGAAGAAUUUGGGUGUUGGGCGGCGGCGGCAAUGGGAUCAGGGUUGGUAAGAGUCAUGGAUCUCGGGCUGGACAGAGGCGACGAUACCACGUAG